AUGUCAGAAAUAAUUCCUCAUGUAUUUUUAUCAUCACUUGUAUAUGCCAAAGAUUAAAAUUGGCUAAGCAAAAACUAAAUCUCUAAUAUUCUUAUUAUUGGAGACUUACCUAUGUAUUUUCCUUCCAAAUUUUCCUAUAAAUGCAUUUCCAUAGAGGAUAAACCAGAAACAAACAUUAAAUAAUAUUUUGAAGAGUGUAUUGACUAUAUUGAUUCCAUAAUUGCCCAGAAUUAAAAUAUUUUAGUUCAUUGUUAUGGAGGCCAAAGUCGAUCAGCGACUAUUAUAACAGCCUAUAUUAUAAGAAAAUUAAGGCUCAAUUCGUAAAGAGCUUUAAACUAUGUAAAAUAAAAGCAUUCCAGAGCUGAGCCUAAUUAAGGGUUCUUAGAUCAAUUGAAGACAUUUCAAUGA